CCCGCCAAAACAUAGCCAGGACACGAACCGCCGCAUCACUAACAAAAAUAUUUACAAAUUUUCAUCUCGCAUAGUUUUACACAAUAGAUUUUAGAACCUUUAGCUAUUAAUCCAGCGCCACCAUGACGAUGCGACCUGAUGACCACCGAAGGAAAUGGGACAAGAACGAGUACGAGAAGCUGGCGGCGGAGCGGCUGCUCAACCAGGUGGCGCCCAAGGAAGAAGAGCCUGUGCAGCGGGAGAACCUCAAGCGACGCGACUACAAGGUGGACCUGGACAGCAAGCUGGGCAAGAGCGUGGUCAUCAACAAGAACACACCCACCUCGCAAUCGGGGGGCUACUACUGCAACGUUUGCGACUGCGUGGUCAAGGACUCCAUCAACUUCCUGGACCACAUCAAUGGCAAGAAGCACCAGCGCAAUCUGGGCAUGUCAAUGAAGGUGGAGCGCAGCACCGUCGACCAGGUGAAGGAGCGCUUCCAGCAGAACAAGAAGAAGAUGGAGGAGAAGCAGAAGGACUACGAGCUGGAGCGGCGCCUGCGGGAGGCCAAGGAGGAGGAGGAUCGCUACAAGGAGCACCGCAAGGAGAAGCGGAAAGAGCGCAAGCGCAAGGCCGAGGACACGGACUUCGAGGCCGGCGGCAUGCCCGACGACAUGGCCGCCAUCAUGGGCUUCUCCGGCUUCGGUGGCUCCAAGAAGAACUCGUAGGAACUAAGUGUUGAACUGCCCCCCAAAACCCCCUCCAAUUUUAGUCGUACAUUGAAAUAGAAACUUACCACCAAAACGUUCAGUUAUGAUA